AUGCCCAAGUUCUUCUGCGACUACUGCGAUGUGUACCUUACGCACGACUCCAUGAGCGUGCGCAAGGCUCACAACAGCGGCCGAAACCACAUCCGCAACGUCGUCGACUACUACCAGCAAAUCGGCCACGAAAAGGCCCAGUCCGUCAUCGACUCCAUCACCAACUCGUACGCCGCCGAAGGCCAGGCCCACAACAACCCAAUGCUUCCGCAGAACCAGCCCGGCGCCAAGGGCGCUUUCCCUCCUCCCGGCUUCCCCGCGUUCCCCGGAGGCACGUUGUCCCCUUCCCUGCCCGCCAGCCGUAGCGGCGACGAAGACAGUGGCCGUCUUGAGCUAACUGAGCCUGUUGAGGCAGCUCCCGGAGCCCCGCCUCCGUUCCCAGGCAUGCCUGGCGCUCCGCCCGGCCAGUUUCCUCCUGGCGUCGCUGCCCCUCCCGGUGCGCCUGGCCGUGGCAUGCCUCCCAUGCCCCCCUUCCCCGGUCCUCCGGGCGCCAACGGCAUGCCCCCCAUGCCCCCCCCCGGCGGUCUUCCUUUCUCGCCUCCCCCCGGUGGCUUCCCGUUCCCGCCUCCUGGUGUCGGUGCCCCGGGCGGCCCUGGCGCGCCGCCCCCCAACUUCCCCGGAAUGCCCAACAUGGGCCCUCCCCCGGGCCACGGCUUCCCCGGCGGACCCCCGCCCCCCUUCCCUCCGGGACACUCUCCGGCCCCCGGCCAGGACAGACGAUAG